CACGGUUGUUGUUUACAUUUUCAUUUCUGCCCGGCAUUCCUUCCGCCUCUUUUCCCUCACCCCCCGGUCCCAGACCUGUUCCUUUCGGGUAGUACAUGAUCAAAAAUUGAGCCGCGUGGCUUGCUCAAUAUUGUUUCAUCUGAUGCAACGUGCGACUUGACCUGUUUGCUCUUCUUUCUGGUUAUAUUGCUUUUUCUCUUCCCACUGUGGCUCCGAUCUACAUCCAUUGCUUCCAUCUAGCUCGCCAUGGGGACGUUCGGGUCUCAGACCAGUACCUAUAAUAGGCUGGUCACUAUAUUUGUUGCCGUUGGUUCCAUGACAUACGGUUACUGCUCUUCAAUUAUCUCAAGCACGAUCGGUCAGCCAGGAUGGUUUACAUACUUCAAUCUUCCUCAGGAGGGCGAGCCGGGAUAUGCCUCAAUAACGACCCCUGCUAUAUCUACAGCGAAUGGCGUCUUCAGUGCUGGAGGUGCGGUUGGGACGCUCUUCAUAAUGUGGUCGUGUGAUUAUUUUGGUCGGAAACUUAAUAUCCAGUUGGGGGCUUUCUUCUCGAUGUUCGGAGGAGCACUUCAAGGAGGUUCUAAUUCACUCAAAAUGUUUCAAGCUGGGCGAUUUGUCUGCGGCCUCGGAAUUGGUAUCCUUGUGACUGUGUGUCCAAUGUACCUUUCCGAGAUGUCUAGUGCCUUCCGUCGUGGUUGGCUUGUUGGCCAUCAUGCCAUCUUUCUCGUUUUCGGUUACAUGCUUGCCGGCUGGGUAGGCUAUGCCUGCUACUUUGCUGAAAAUAAGAUCGGUACAUUUGGCUGGCGGUUCCCACUUUGUCUACAGUGCUUGCCACCUCUCGUCCUGCUGCUAGGAUCGCCUUGGCUCCCUCGCUCUCCACGUUGGCUGAUCAGUAAGGGAAAGCAUGAGGAAGCUAAAUUGGUCCUUGAGCGACUUCGCAGAUCCCCAGACGAUCCUAACAACCUGGUUGCUAAGGAAGAAUACUUCCAAACUGCCGAGCAGAUCCGUCUUGAAGGGGAGCGACUGUCUGCCUAUGGAAAUGUGUGGAACGCAGUUUUGAAGAAGAAGUCGUACAGGAAGCGUAUGGCUAUCGGCUUUCUGACCCAAUGGGGAGCUGAAUUCGGCGGGCCUCUGAUCAUCAACAACUAUGCCGUUCUUCUAUACACCAACCUUGGAGAAACCGGCGGAAUGCCACUGCUCCUAAGUGCGGUCUGGCUGACAACUGCUGGUGUCAUUUACAACCCUCUUGGUGCCUGGCUUCACGACAAGGUCAAUUCUCGUCGAAAAAUGUACAUUACAGGUUUUGUCGGGAUUAUUGUUACCACAUCUUGCUUGGCUGCCAUGACCGCACAAUACGCGGGCACCACGAACCGGGUUGGUAACGGGUUUGGCAUUCUGUUUAUGUACCUUUACCUUGCAUUCCAAGGAACUUUCUGUGAUACAACGAUGUAUCUCUAUGUGUCUGAGAUUUUCCCUACUGAGAUUCGCCCGAUUGGCAUGGGAUUCUCCCUAUUUGGACAGUUCGCCGCGACUCUCAUCCUGCUUCAGACUGCGCCGAUGGGUUUCGACAACGUUGGCUGGAAGUAUUAUCUGGUUAUCAUCUGCUGGUCCGCAUUUUUCAUUCCAGUGAUCUACUUUUUCUUCCCGGAGACUGCUCGGUUGACAUUGGAGGAAAUUGCACAGAACUUUGGCGAGGAAGUUGCGGUCCAUCUAACUGACGCGACGGACGAGGAGAAAGCCCGCCUCGAACGUGACCUUGAGAAACGGCCUGAUAGUGUGCCGCAAUCCAACUCAAGCAAGGACAACGAGACUGAGGCUGUUUAGCCUACUUCGCAUCCGACGGGGGAGUGGCUCUGUGCAAGAGACUGCCAAGGGCCUUUCUAAGAAG